CUUUGAUCCCUAGGGGGAACCUGAAACUCUCACAUUCCUGGCAUAGCAGCCGCCUCUUGCACAGUCCAACCUCUGUGGCUCGCGGUACAGCUGGAGGAGCGCAGUCUCGCUUCCAGCACUCACCGAGGCAGGAUCUCUGGGCAGAGGAGCUCGGAGCUGCGUGCGGUAGUUUCCUUGCGCUCCUGUGAUUUUUUUCCAAUUCUUUUUUCCCCCCUAAGUUAUUAUUAAAGUUUUGUUUUGGCACUUCGGCGGCCGGGGUAGGAAGGGACGGCAGUUUAAGCCAAGACACUCACGCAUUCUGCAUUUAUUCUGCAUUUUCUCCCUCCGAAAGAGCUCUUGUACUGCUAGCUCCCCGGCGACUUCUGCGUGGCUGGGUCUGAAUGAAGUUCUAGAACUGAGGCUCUCAGGCUAUGGGUUGGUGUUCAUCCGUGGCCAAUUGCUGUUAGACUUUCAGGUGAUCUUGAGACCUCCAGUUGUUUACAAAAGAGCAAAGAAUGAGAACUGUGGAAGAUUCUUCAGGGACCGUCUUGCACAGACUUAUCCAGGAGCAGCUGCGCUAUGGUAACCUGACGGAGAACAGAACCCUGCUGGCUAUCCAACAGCAGGCUCUUCGAGGAGGAGGUGGGGGCAAUGGGGGCAGUCCCCGUUCAUCCCUAGAGAGUCUGACUCAAGAAGAGAGUCAGAUGGUACAGCAGUCCACACGGCAGGAGCCCCAGGGCCAGGAGCACCAUGGCGACCAUGCCUACUUAGAGAAUGCCCUCUACCGGUUCUACCAGCCCCAGAGCAAAGGCGAGGAGCUGCCCACUUAUGAAGAAGCAAAAGUCCACUCUCAGUAUUAUGCCUCCCAGAGAGGACAGCAGGCAGCCUUGCCUUGCCCAGGGGCUCCUGUGGAUAAGGAACCUCGCCGGAGCAAUGUAACAAGCAGCAAGAGACAGGAUGAUUCUCUGAAAGAGCUGAAGCAUGGGCACGUGAGGUCGCUGAGUGAGCGCCUCCUCCAGCUAUCCCUUGAGAGAAAUGGUGCCAAAGCCUACAACCACAUGAGCUCCUCCCACAGCUUUCCCCAGCUUUCUCGCCAUUAUCAGCUGUCCACCCCCAGAGGCCAUCACACCGAGGGCCUGGAGCCCCGGGGUCCCCCACCAGAGUACCCCUACAUCAUUCCACCGCAAGAGCCCUUUUCAGCCAGUGACCCCAGGCACUAUUCCAGGGGAAGCCCUGAUUUCCAGCAUCCUGAAGUCAGGAUCUUGCAGGCCCCGAUGCCCCAGCCUUUCCAGCAGCAGCAGCUCCCACCACCACAGCCUGCCCACCCCCACCCUGCUGCCCUUUGUCACAGCCCCUUGGGCUCCCUCACCCCAGCUGGGGUAGAGGCUCUGAUGUCGGCCCAGGCCGCUUCCACCAACAGCCACCUGGCUCAGAUGGAGGCCAUCCUGAGAGACAAUGAGAAACUCCAGAGGGAGAACGAGAAGCUGCUGAGAGAGUUCGAGACGUACAGCGAGAAGGCGAGCCGGAUUCAGAAGCUGGAAACAGAAAUCCAAUGCAUCUCUGAGGCUUAUGAAAACCUGAUGAAAGCUUCUACCAAGAGAGAGACCUUAGAGAAGACCAUGAGGAACAAGAUGAGUGGGGAGAUGAGGCGGUUACAAGAUUUUAACCGAGAUCUAAGAGAGAGGUUAGAAUCUGCAAACAGACAACUAGCCAGCAAGACACAGGAGGCCCAGGAGGGGAACCAGGGCAUGGUGGCCAAGCUUCUUGCUCAGAACUAUGAAUCUCAGCAAGAACAAGAAAAGAUGGAACGGGAGAUCUCAUUGCUCCGAAGCUCCAAUGAGGACCAGCGGCGACGGGCAGAACUGUUGGAACAGGCACUGAGCAAUGCCCAGGCCCGGGCGGCAAAGGCAGAAGAUGAGCUUCGGAAGAAGAAGGCGUAUGUGGAAAAAGUUGAGAGGCUGCAGCAGGCUCUGGCUCAGCUCCAGGCGGCCUGUGAAAAGAGGGAACAGUUGGAGCUACGUCUUCGGACCCGCCUGGAGCAGGAAUUGAAGACUCUUAGGACACAACAGAGACAGAUGGCAACACCUAAUAGCGGAUCCCCCGAGCUCAGUGUGCCGAGGCUGUCAGAGCAACUGAGGGAGAAGGAAGAGAAGAUCUUGGCCCUGGAGGCAGACAUGACCAAGUGGGAGCAGAAGUACCUAGAAGAAUGUACCAUGAAGCAGUUUGCUAUGGAUGCUGCCGCAACAGCCGCCGCUCAGAGGGAUACUACCAUCAUCAACCACUCCCCUCAGCACUCACCCAAUAGCAGCUUCAACGAAGACCUCCUCCUAGUCAACCACAAACACCAGGAGAUGGAGAACAGGUUAAAAGUACUUCACGCCCAGAUCCUGGAGAAGGAUGCUGUGAUAAAAGUACUUCAGCAGCGUUCGAGGAAGGACCCCGGCAAAGCCUUGCAGUGCUCCCUGAGACCUGCCAAGUCUGUACCAUCCAUCUUUGCAGCUUCAGGGACCCAAGGCUGGCAGGCAGUCUCAUCUAUCAGUGAAGGACAGUCUGAUGGCCUCUCCUGGAGAGCCACAGCAGGUCGGGUCCCAGCAGAGGAGAUGCCCACUGGUUCCCAUUCCUCCCAUGCCAAACAUGGCAGCAAGGAUGGAAGUACCCAGACUGAUGGCCUUCCUGACACUGUCAUCAUUUCCCAGGGCCCUGGGCCUGAGGGCCUCCUGGGCUGCAACAGCAGCAAUCAUGGUGGAGCCAUAACCGAGUCUUCAAUUACUUCCAAGACUCGGGACAUGUCUGAGAUGGUGGAAAUCCUGAUUUGAAGAAGGAGCUGGCUCUGAGGCCCUCAGAAUAGCUUCAUGCCCAUAUCUGCAGAUCCUACCAGGUCCCUCUCAAACUACUAGCUCCUGUCUUUCCUCUGACAUAGUCCUGGGGAAUCCUUCAUAUCCUAUGACCUGGCUGAGGACUCAUUCACUCUAUUUGGCCAAAUUUUAGACCAUAGAGUUUGGAAGAAAACUGAUGGUGGGAGUAGAACUGUUGUAGUAUCAUCUGCAUCCUGCAUGACCAAUUGACCACAGUUCUCCUUGAACAAUCCGUCGGAAGUCAAGGAUCCAACCAAGGUCUGCGGGAGUUAGCCACAGUCCCACAGACAGAUAAGGAGAUGCAAAGAGUUCAGAGAGGGGCUGAGCCCCCCUCUUGAUCCUAACUUGCCUUCAACAAUGAGAGAGAAAGAGAGAGAAAGAGAGAGGCAGUUAAGACUCAGAAGGUAUGUGGGGAGGUCAGUGUAUGAGAAGACACCCACAUCUGGGUCCUGGAAGAACUGGUUGCUGAGUUUCCAUGGAGAGCCAACUUGUUGGUACCAAAACCUCAAAUGCAAGUUGCCAGAAGUCUGCCCGUGUUUGUUUUUUGCUGGCUCUGCAAGAUUCUUACUCCUCCUCUUUUCUCCAGCCCUUGCUUCUUCCCUUUCAUCUUACAAGGACUGGAAUCUGGUGGGGUGGAUAUGGUUUUUAUUGGUUUAUCAGCUGCUCUAGCCAGCUUGCUAAGAGGAAAAGUUCCCUAACACUCUUAGAUUGAACUGUGUAUCCUUAGGCGGCUGCACUAGGAGACAUUAUACUAUUAUUUGUAUAUAAUUCCUUCUUGUGGGGAACAGAAUGGAUAUUUGUCAUUUCAGGUUCUUUCCCACAUGCUUUGUUUUCUCUAUCCCUAUCAGCUGUUCUCUUUGUCCCUUCCCUGUCCUGUUCCAUAAUAAUUUGACUUAUUAGAUUUUUUUUUAAAUCCCUUUCAUUGUGGAUACUCUGAUCUUUCAAAUGUUUGCCAUCUUAUCCUUUUCCUCCAUUUUGCAUCCUGUUUCUUUCAAACAUUAAAUAUCCAUCUGGAGAGUCCUUCGGAUGCCAUUGCCUGCCUUUUGGACAGUCUCCACAAUUCCUCUCAGUGGAAUUUCCCUUCUGUUUGUUUGGUUAUAAACCAUGAGCCAAAUGGAAUGUAUCAGUGUGUGUAUCUGAGUGUGGUGGAUGGAUCCCAGUGUUCCCUUCUCUCCGUUUCCAUUCAGGGGACAAAUGGCAGCAACCAUCUUAAGUUCAGCUGACUUUUUUCUGAGGUCACAGAACUCUGAGCUGAAGAUAGGAUUAUGCUUUGAGGGGAAAAAAGAAGGAAAGAAAGAGAAGAAAAGGAAAACCACCUACAGCAGAAUUAGGAGAAUUGAUUUAACUACAUGAUACAAAAAAAAAAAAAAAAGGAUUUCUGAGAUAAAAGCCAUUUUUAAAAAGCAGAGGAUUAAUUGGAUUUUUUUAAGCUGCAAUUUUGACCCCCCACACACACAUUCUGGGGUAAUACCAAAUACACUGAUACUGUAUAAGUGAAAAUCCUCUUACACACCCUUGGCUACUGCCAGCUGGCUUCUGACAGUAGUGGAUUUUGACUUGUAUAUAAGUCACACAGCUCAGACCCCAGGAAAAAUGAUUUUUCCCUGGUUUGUCCUUCCAGUUUUUAGCUCUCUCUGUAUAUCUAUCCCUCUUUGUUUUUAAAUUUUAUAUGUAUAUGUAUAUAUUUUUUUGUGGUUCCUUAAGUUUUCUUUUAAAACAUCUGUGCAUUUGCUGGACAAUUGCAUUUUUUAUUACCUACCCUUCCCCACACGCUUUAAAAUGGAUUUGGUUCCUGUGCAUUGUUUACAAAGCAAAAAACAAAAAGCAAAACAAAGCGGAAAAAUAUUGUGAAAGAGGAAAACAACUUAAUAUAUUUUGGAUUAAUAUUGGUAUUCUUUUAAAAGUAUUUUUUCGUGCUGUGAACUUUUUCUGCCAAAGACAAUGAUGUUUGUUUGUAUGUUUUAAGUUAUCUUAAGUAUUUAAAAAUGUAAACUUGGCUGUGUUGCUGUGCCACCCUGUACCAGGAUUGCUGUAGCAUUCCACUUGGUAUAACAGUAUUUUAAUAAAAAAAAAAAAAAGUAAAAAUAUUGAAAUAA